AUGGCGGUGGGUGCCCCCACUGUCCUGACUACCUUCACUCGCGAUGUGUCGCGCUUGCUCACGUCCCUCCACUCGGCUCGGCCAUCGGCCGGCUCGUCCGAUGGUCCAGGCCACAAGAAGGCCUCGGGAUCCGGGUCCUCCGGCACCCAGAGCACCCUUCCCGCGGGUGCCGCCUCCCUGGCCAGCGCCAUCCAGGUUGCCCUGCUGGCCCUGCGCCAUCGCCCCCUCAAGAACCAGAGCCAGCGCAUCAUCGCCUUUGUCGGGCGGCCGCUGGACCCGAAGCAGGACCCCGCCCUGGCCGGGCCGACAGGCACCCCGGAGGACGGCACCGAGAGCCCCCUUGUCGCUGCUUUCAAGUCCCUCGGCCUGCGACUGAAGAAGAACAAUGUCGCCAUCGACAUUGUCAGUUUCGGAGAAACCGCCUGCAACAAUGAGGCCCUCUCGAUGCUGGUCAAUUCCGCCAACAACACCUCCUUCCCCUGCAACCUCCUUACCGUGGCUCCGGAGGAGAACCGCCUCCUGGCCGAGGCCCUUGUCCAGUCGCCCAUCCUCAUGUCCGGAGAUUACGACAAUGGCCCGAUGUAUGGCGCUGCCGAUGAUGAUGUUUAUGACUCGGAGCUGGCGCUGGCCCUCCGUCUGUCGCUCGAGGAGCACGUCGAGCGCGAGCGCCGUGCCAUGGAAAACCCAGACGCGUCAGAUGCCGGCACUGCGGAUGCCCAGCCGCCCGCCAGCGCCUUCGAUGCCAUGGAUGAUGACUUCGAUGAUGCGAUGUUUGAUGAGAACGAGCUUGCCCAGGCGAUUGCCCUUUCGCUGGCCGCUGCCGCCGAGUCUGCCCAGCCUGAUGCUGCCCCGGAGGACGAUGGCUCUUCCGAUUCGUCUCAGUCUGGUGCCGGCCCCUCGGAUUCGAUGGAUGUCGAGUGA